AUGCAAGAACUUCAGUGCAUGGUACAGACUUAUGCAUGGGGAAAACCUGGACUUGAAAGCUCUGUGGCGCAACUUAAGGAAGCUGCUGAUUAUUCAUUUAAAGCCGAUGCAAAUACCCCGUAUGCGGAACUAUGGAUGGGAACGCACUUCAAUGGUCCAUCGCGCGUGCUUUGUGAAGAUGGCGGUGAUCCACCACUACUGAGUGAUUGGAUCCAGACGCUUCAAGGCCACGAGACGGGAAAUCUGCCUUACUUGUUUAAGGUGCUGUCUGUGCGCAAAGCCCUAUCCAUUCAGGCCCAUCCGGACACCAAGCUGGCUGGUGAGUUGCAUGCCAAGUUCCCGCAGAUCUACAAGGAUCCGAAUCACAAGCCGGAGAUGGUCAUUGCUCUCACCCGUUUCGAAGCUCUUUGUCAGUUUCGAAAAAAGAACGAGAUUGCAACUCAUCUUCAGGAAGUUCCCGAGCUCCGUGCGCUUGUUGAUGCUGAGGUGGCUCAGCGGUUGGUAGCAAAGCAAAACGAAGCAUCACUGCGCGAUUUUUUUCGUUGCUUUGUGUACGCUGAAUCGGAAAGCAUUGCAUCCCAAUUACAUGCAUUAUGUGCACGGCUUGAAGGAGCAUCGCAUUUGACCGCAUUGGAGAAGCUGGUGCUGCGCCUGAGUACUGAUUAUCCCGGCGAUAUUGGCUGUUUUUGUCCGUUUCUGCUUAACUAUAUCACGCUGGAACCCGGUGAGGCCAUGUUCCUAGGCGCCAACGAGCCCCAUGCGUACCUUUCCGGUGACUGCAUUGAAUGCAUGGUAUGCUCCGACAACGUUGUUCGUGCAGGACUAACUUCGAAAUUUAUCGACAAGGAAACGUUGCACUCGAUGCUGACUUAUCGCACGGGUAAACCGCGCGUAUACAGGGGACAUACUCAGGACGAUGGCGUUGCAAGACUGUAUGCCUCUCCCGUACCCGAAUUCGAGGUUGAAGCCGUCGAACUCAAACCUCGCCAGCGAUAUGCGUUGCCAGCACGAAAAGGUGACUCGAUCAUUAUUGUCACAUCGGGUAGCGGCUCGACUGUAGAGCUUUCUAGCGCUGCUGCCGGUCGAUUGAUGUCGAAGGGUCAGGUAUUUUUCUUAUUGAAGGGGGAGAUUUUAGAGAUUCAGGGCGGUGAUGAAGGUAUUACAACAUUCCGCGCAUCUCCAAACGAAAGCUUAGAAUCACCACGCAAUGCUUCAUUAGAUUUGAGUCGCGUACCCGAAAUGCACCGGUAA